AUUUUGCUACAAACACGCAAACCUGUAAGGAAUGGAGGCACGCCAGAUCGAUGGGCUAAUUGGUCCGAGUAAUCUUCAUCCAAGAGCACCCAUUUCUUGCGGAUUAUAUAGAUAAUGACGUCUCUUGCCCUAUGACGAUCUCUUGUCCUUCAAUUAAAGCACCAAGUUCUGAUGACGUCAUCCAACUAGUGCAGAAGAGGGUACCACGUGAUCAUCCUAUGGCAAUCCGUCCACAGAUGAAAGGAAUUGAUCUGAAUAUUGUAUGCUCCAUACCAGCUUGUUUGUCUAACCCUUGUCUACACGGAGGUACCUGUAAUGAGACCAUUGAUGGAUAUGGGUGUCACUGCCUCUUCAGUUUUACUGGCAAACGAUGUCAAGAAUCAAUCCCUGCUCAAGACAAAACGACGACGACAACAACAACAGGUUCAACUUCUAUAGUCCAGUCAUUUUAACUUUUCACUUGGAACAAAUUGCAACAGAAUCUAUUCCAAUGCAGAACAUUUCUUUGAAAUACAGAAGAUCCACCGACCCUUAACCAUAUUAACGAAAAUAUACAAGAAGAUAGACAAGAAGAGAGAAAACUAGCUGAACAGAGAGGUCUAUUAACAAAACGUUUCAGAAAAUGGGACAAGUUUAUUUUCUAGGGAUG